UUCUCUUGUGUGUGUUUUCUCCUUUAUCAGCAAAACUAGGGUAAAGUAUGGUCGACCAAGGUGCGGAAAUUUGCACAACGACGGGGAGAAGUUUAACAAGCAUGGGCUUGCCACAUGUUCUUGCCUUGCCUUUCCCUGCUCAAGGCCAUGUCAUUCCCCUCAUGGAGCUCUGCUACUGCUUGGUGGAUCAUGGCUUCAAGGUCACCUUCGUCAACACUGAAUUCAACCACAAGCGCGUCAUCGCCGCGUUGUCGGCAGAGAGCACCGUGCGCCAGCUCGCUCUGGUCUCGGUUCCUGAUGGAUUAGGGGAGGAGGAUGAUCCGCACGAUCUGGCGAGGCAAACGGAAGCACUCCAGAACACCAUGCCUCGGUGCUUGGAGGAACUAAUCGAGAAGAGCAACGAGACGGGGGAGCCGAUGACUUGCAUGUUGGUGGACGAGGGCAUGGGAUGGGCUCUCGAGGUUGGCCGGAAGAAGGGUCUCAGAUCUGCCGCGUUCUGGCCGGCGGCUGCCCAGAUGCUGGCCGCGAUCCUGAGCAUAACAGAGUUGAUUUCAAGAGGCGUCCUUGAUGCACAUGGUACGCCCAUCCCAGAACAUGAGAUGUUCCAGCUCGGUCCUGGAAUGCCAUUCAUCGACGCUGCCCACUUGAUAUGGAACCUAAUCGGAGACGAAAGGAGCAGAGAAAUAGUCUUCAACUACUUCCUCAACAACAUCAGAGUCCUUGACGUCGUGGAUUUCAUCAUCUGCAAUUCCUUCAAAGAGCUCGAAGAGCCGACCUUCUCCUACGCCCCAAAGAUUCUCCCCAUCGGGCCUUUGCCCACCGGCCUCCGGCCGAGCCGGGCCGUGGGUUACUUCUGGCCGGAGGACGCAGCCUGCCUAUCGUGGCUCGACGAGCACCCGCCGGGUUCUGUCGUCUACGUGGCUUUCGGUAGCCUCACCAUCUUGCGCCGCAGUCAGCUCCAGGAACUCGCCCUCGGGCUGGAGGCGACUGGCCGACCGUUCCUGUGGGUGGUCCGGCCCGAUCUCGCCGUCGACUCGGCCGACGCUUGUCCGGAUGACUUCAAGGACCGCGUGGGAAACAGAGGGAUGAUGGUGGCUUGGGCGCCGCAGCAGAAGGUGCUGGCCCACCCUUCCGUCGGUUGCUUUGUGUCUCACUGUGGCUGGAACUCCACCAUGGAAGGCGUCAGGAACGGGAAGCUCUUCCUUUGCUGGCCAUACUUCGCAGACCAGUUUCUGAACCAGAGCUACAUUUGCGAUCAUUGGAAGGUGGGUCUGAGCUUGACGCCUGACGAGAGUGGGAUCGUCCAGCGUGAACAGCUCAAAUCCAAGGUGGAAGUGCUGCUGGGGGAUGCGGAGAUGAGUGAAAGAGCGUCGUCGUUGAAGGAGAAAGCUCAAAGCAAUACUGACCAAGGAGGGACUUCAUUCCACAAUCUCAAGAGGUUCAUCGACACUAUCAAGGCGGCGAAUCCUUAAUCUAAAUUUGACCAAAUUGUUCGAAAAUAAUGCUCUUUCUCACAUUUUGUGUGGUUUGUUUUUCCCCAUCGAUGUUAUAUAAACACCCUCCAUUGUAAAA